GUCAAUCUUAAUUUACAGUGGAAAGUAAAAGGCGAUGGGUGUGUUGCUUUGUGUUUAUUUCUUGUUUUAGAUAGAAUGAAUUAGUUAAAAAGAAAAUUAAUUAUUAGUAAAUCCUACGUUAUUUAUACCACUUCAGUUAAAAGAUUACACCAUUGUAAAUAUCAUCGUAGCAGCAGAUUGUUGUUUUGAUUUGAUCAAUGGUUGUGUUACUGAUUAUAACAAAAACAAAGUAUAAAAACAAUUGAAGAAAUUAGUUAGCUUAAUGUGUGUGAUAAGUGAUGUUUGCUGUUUACUGUGCUUACGAAGCUCAUAACAAACCCGCGAGUGCUUAAUCAUCGGAUAAAAGUUAACGAUAAUGGCUUUCGUAAAUAAAUCCUGUGUACAUAAACAUGGAAGUGGAUAUUGAGCGUGCUAGUGUUCGAAUUUCAAAAUCACGAUGUCGUCGUCGCCGUGCCAAAAAGGCGGGAUGCGCCUCAGUGAAGCGUUGGAUAAUAUGCAACUUGCUUACAACCCAAUCACGAAACAGUUGCAUUUCGUGAGCCCUAAAGUGGAGAAACCAGUAGAGGAUACGUCUGAUGAUAUUGAUAAGCUGUCUAAGAAGAGCAGUUUUAGUGACGAAGGUAACUUUUCUAUCUCAACUUGUGAGAAAAGUGAUACAAGUGAUUCUCCCAAGAGUACUCUGCAGUGGGGCAGUGUGAGUGGUCACCAUCGUGGCAAGGAUGGUGGUUCCUUCUCAAGUACUGUCUCAAGUCUCUCCGAGUGCUCCCUUGGGUCUGCUGCGUCCAAGGAUGAUGAGGUUCCUGAUGUCAAUUCUCAAGACCAGGAGAAUUCUAAGCUGAAGAAGAAAGGAUUGUCAGGAUUUUUCAGCAGAGGAGUGUUUCCAUGGAAGAGCAAUUCUUCAAAGAACAACGAGUCAUCACCAUCAUCAGUGGUAUCUUGGAGACUGUUCGGCAGCAAAUCAAGUGGCAACCUGGCUGCUAAAACCUUGAACUCCGAAGCUCAGAAAACUUUGACACCAGCGUCUUCGGGAGCCAAUACCCCUCAUCAUCACAAGAGGCAAGGGAGUUCGGCCAGUGAGAAGCAGUUUGAAGAUCUGGUGGCCAGCUCUAUUGCUCUUAUACAGCAUGAUAGGCCAUCAAACCUACCCGCCAAAUGCACAGAAGAAGCUCUCCGCCACAAAGCAGAACACGCUCGAAUGGUGGAGGCUGCCAGGCGAAGAGUGGAACGGGAGGCAGCUGCCAGACACGCCAGAAUGCAGGAGUCACUGCGCCUGGAAGAGAGGCUGGCGAGGCACGCGAAGGAAUGGACCCAGAAUAUACUGCCGGAUUGGAAUAACACGAAAAAUUCAAAACGCACGCUAGAAUUGUGGUGGAGCGGGCUUCCCCCAGCGGUCCGGGGCAAAGUAUGGCAACUAGCCAUCGAGAACAAACUCAAGAUCACACAUGAAAUGUACCAAGACUACGUAGCCAAAGCGAAGCAGAGGCUACACGAAGCACAACUACGAAGGAAGAGGUUAAAAGUCAACAGAAACGACACAUGCAGCUGCCAGAAAGAAAAUAAAGAAAAAGUUGCCGAACAAAUUGAAAAACACGCGAAAAUAGACGAUAUUUUAGCCAAAACUGAUGAUAGAAUCAAAUCUGAAGAAGAAAAACCUAGAUUAGGUAUACCUAGGAACUUUAGUGAACAGAAUUUGAAGUCUCAAACUACGGAUUCUGGUCCUAAGAAGUGUUGUUCGAAAUCCAACCCUAAUCUGCUAGAUUAUAGUGACGAAUGUUCGAUGGAGUUGAUACAACUGGACAUUGCUAGGACAUUCCCACAUUUGUGCAUCUUUCAACCGGGAGGACCGUAUUUUGAUGUGCUACAUGAACUUUUGGCGGCUUAUGUCUGCUAUAGGCCUGAUAUUGGAUAUGUUCAGGGCAUGUCAUUCAUAGCCGCAGUACUAAUCCUGAACAUGGAAGCGCCGCAAGCAUUUGUGUGCUUCGCCAACCUAUUAGACGGACCCGUGCUGAGGGCUGCCUUCACUAGAGAUGGGGCUACUAUGCAGCGACUAUGGAAAGCCUACGGCAAGCUAGUAGCCCACCACCUCCCCUGGCUGGGCAGCCGCCUGGCGCCGGAGCUGUACCUGGUGGAGUGGCUGUACACGGCGUUCGCCAAGGCCAUGCCGCUCGACGCCGCCUGCCGCGUGUGGGACGUGCUGCUCAGGGACGGAGACACAUUCCUCUUCAACACUGCGCUCGGCGUCCUCCAUUUAUACCAAGAGGAACUCAAAGACAUGGACUUCAUAUCAGCUGCCCAGUUCCUCACCAAGCUACCAGAAGACCUGGACACUGAAGCUCUAUUCAAGAGCAUAUCUGCCGUCUCCUUAACCCUGGACGGCAUGUCGUUCGAAGAGCUGGCGUCUUGCUGCGAAGACGACACGACCUUGGAUGACGAUGUGACGGUAAGGUUAUGAUAUAGGCGACGUAUUGAAGCCUUUUGGGACAUUGUUGAUGCGUUAUCUUUUAGGGUAAAGUUGUAGUUUGGUCGAUAAUAAUGGUUAACACACACUGUGAGACUUGAAUCAACAGAGAAUGAGAUACUGCAACAUUCCCGCCGACUAUAAACAGGAAUUUAUAAGUCAUAAUCGAAAUAGUGCGGUAGAAAAUCCCCUUUCGAUGCAACGUCAAUUUAAGGCAAUGGGAUUUGAAUCGUAUGCGUACGAAAUAAGAUUAAAUUUCCUCGAGCAAAAAUGUUAAAUCUUUUUGCCAUGUCGUAUCGGUGUGUGUAAGCCAUAAUGAUAUUUUCAAAAAAAAAUGAGAAAGGUUUAAAUUUUGGCAAUACGACAAUAUCCAUUGCGCUGUAUGAUAAAAAGGCAAUCAUUUGCUCAGUGGCUAAACAACGCAAUGGCUCUUGGUAUACUGUCAAAAUGUAAAUGUUGUGCUGGCAACAUUAACUUGGAAUGUAGGUUACCACAAUUGUUGGUUUUCGAAAAAAAUACUUCAGCUACUUUAGUACCUAAUAAAAGAAUUUUGUAAGAGAAUACGAAUGUCACAAUGUCCUAGUGUUGUUUGGAUGUUAAAAGCUAAUUCUUGCUUAAAAAUUAAAAAGUAGUGUUUGUAUAGUCGAUGUCAUUUCAUGUCGAUGUUUUGAGAAAAUGUUUAGUGUAUUCAACAUUUGUCUUGUACCGAAAUAUCGCGUCCUAAUUUAUAAAACAGUUUAUAUAAGUUAUUUUAUGAUAUCUUAUAUAAUUGCGAAAUGUAUAUAAAAUUAGAUGUUAUUUUGAUUUAUUUGUUAUCGAAUUAAGGUUUUUUUUAUAUUUAAUAUUUUUAAUGAUUUAUUUCAAUUUGAUUCGAAUUUAAAUGGAAUAUAAAGCACACGACUGGUCGUAGUGUAAUUGUAAAUAUAUAGCGUUGUUGUACUCAAGUAUCAUGAAUCGAUCAUAGAGACUGCCUAGUACCUAUCGUCUCCGAAUUUAUCGAUAUCGAUAUUUAUCGAUGUACCGCGACGUACGCUGUGAUUUUUGAUAAUAUAAAUAAAAUCACUGUUGUCUAUAUGUUAUUUGCGUAACAAACAUAUCAUAUACAUUCGAUUUGUAUUAGUCAUUUGAAGUUCUGAACAUUAGCGGUUGUGCUGGAACUUUAGCUGGGUAAUGACGUCACAAUACUUCGAUAUUUUACUGAUAUUACAUACAAUGUCAUCUUAUUAAUUAACAAAAAAUCUCACUAGAAUCUAGUAUUUUCUGUACAGUAGAAUAAACAGAUUUUAUGGGUCGGUUUCUAAGAAUCUUUGUCCGUGGUUUAUCUAUUCAAAUAGACAAACUGCCGACAAAAGCACUUAGAAACCGACUAUAAAUGAAUUAAUAAUAUACAAGAGAAAUUAAAAAAUAUGUUGUCAGCAAAAUAUUGAGUUGCCAAACAGAUUUAUUUUCAUAUCUGUGACAAUACUGCUUACAUAUCUUCAACGUUCACACGUUUGUUUUGUCAUACAUAUGAAAGGAAUCUCCGGUCGCGGCCAUACGCACAGUGGUUCACGCAACACACCCAAUUAGAAAAAAAAUAAAUAAAAAAUAUAUGUUAAAAAAUCUUUUUUAUGUUAUUUUUUUGCCACUUUUGUUGUAAAUUUUUAUUUGUUGUGUGUAUGGCCGCGAUAAAAAACUAUCCAUCUUCGUACCUGUUAAAAAAAACAUAUUUAACAAUAAUUUUAGUUAAUCGUAGGAUUAUAUAAGCAUCUUAACUUAUAAUCGUUAUUACUAACAUUUUAUACGAAUACCGCGAGUUUCAAUCGCGGUUUUUGUGUUUUUUUUUUAUUGUUUAAAAUCAUGGUUUUCAUAAUGUUACUUUGAAUUUAUUGGUGGAACUUCAAAUAUUGAGUGGUUUUCAUAAAAUAGGUACUUCUUAUGUCGAUAUUUAAUUAAUUUAUGUCUCUGAAUUAAAACAGAUUUUUUCAUUUUUUUUUUGUUAUAUUAAAUAACUCUUUUGCCAACAAAUUAAAAGUAAUGUUGUACCCAUUAUGUGAUUGUUAGAUUUAAUCAAUUUCCAGUCCCUAACUUAAAUAAACAGAAUUUCAAAUAAAAUAAAAAUCUAUUUAAAAACUUUCGCUUACUUUAAAGAUGAUAGAAAAGGAUGUUAUAUUAUUUAAUAUUUAUUGUAUUAAAAAAAUAACGAAAUUGUACAUUACUCGUCUUGCACGUGGAUGCAAUACGAUUUCAUAGUUUUAAAUGUAAUUAUAAAUUAUUGUAUGUGUAUUCUAUGUAUAAUAAUAUUAUAAAAACAAUCUAUUGAUAAUAAAAAUAAAAAAACUGGUAAAUAUUACCUCAAAUUAAGCAUCACAACAGAUUCUAAAACGUCUAUAAAAUAAAAUUGACAUUACUAAUUAUAAGAAAGUGCAAUCAAAUGCAGUUAUGUAAUAAAAUAAUGCAAUUAACCUUGACGUCACAGCACACUAUCUUUCAAUUAUGAUAGCAAAAUGUUUUUAUAAUCGACCUUAUAAUUGGUCCAUGACCAUCUUCAAGAUCAUAGUUUACACUUUGGACCUUAAAUGAUGUCACUAGACCACUGGGUGUUAAAUUAAAUUGUAUAUAUUAUACGCAAUAAUUAUUAUUAAUAACUAUAGAAUAUGUCAAUUAUAUCGUAUCGUAAUUAUUAAUUAUGUGGUGGCAAGCGGCAAAAUUCAAGAGAUCAAUUAAUUUUAUCUAUUUUCUCUAUAAAAUUACCCAUAGAUGCUAAAACUUAUCUUUCACUUAACUACACGAAAAACGGUUCAGUCAUUUCGGCAUAUAUCAGUAACAUAUUAACACACAAAGAAACUGUGUUAAUGAUAAAAACAAUCAGUUAUAUUUCUGCACGCCGCCACAAUAUACUUUUAAAAUGUAAUUAUAAUAUAAUCUAUUAAUAUAGCAAAACGAUCAACGAGUAGUAAACCGGCCUAAUAGUUAACGAGUAUCGAAACUUUCGAGAAAUUAAUAUAAAGUUAAUUAUAAUUAGGUGAUAUUAUAGAAAAUAUGUAAUAUAUUAUUAUUGUUCUAUCAAUUACGUCGAGACGGCGCAAACGUAUAUUAUAUUGAGAGGCGUUUUUAGACUAUUGGUCAAGUUUAUUUGCAUGGUUUAAAACAGUUUUUUUUAUUUGUAUAAAAAUAAAAAAUGAUAUAUGUAUUUGAACAUUUUAAAAGAUUUUGUUCUAUAAAUGAGACGAUUUGGUUCAGUGUGCAUGCUUAUUACUAUAUUUUUUUUUCUGAAAAUGUUAGUAUUGUCACUGAAAAGUUUAUUUGUGUAAAUUUUAUGUGAAUAUUUCAUAUAUUUAGUGAGUAAAAGCUUUAAAUUAUAACUUUAAUGUAAUGGUCUUGCCACAUAAUAACGAUGAUAGUGAUAUUUGUAUUUUUUAGGUCUUGCAACAUUUGUUACUGAGUGACUUAUAUUAUUUUGCAAAGCAGAUUUUGGAUAAUUUUAUAAAGUACUUCUAAUUUUCAUUCAAUUUUUUCACGAUAUUAAAUAAAAGAUAUUAUUUUGGAAAUAUAUUUAUUUUUCAAUUUGUGAAGUGUAAUGUAAGUUAGGAAAUAAAAUGUUUAUCUAUAUUCUAUUUUAAUUUAUAGCAUGUUUAUAAAAUGUAUGUAAAUUACGAAGUUAGUGUAGUUUAUCGGUUUGUUAGCUUCUAAAUGGUUAUAUAUUUAGAAAUAUAAUACCUACUAUGUAAUAUGACAUCCUUUUCUAUCUAUUUUAAUAAAGAAUCUCGCAGUUUAUAAACAGAAUAAUUAUCUUCUAAUAACAUACAAUGAAUCUUAAAUAACUAAAUCAGAUUUGAUUAUUUGUAGGUAUUUUAAUGCAAGUAAAAAUAUCAAUGAUAAUUUUAAAUGUAUGUAGGUGCAAAUUAAUAACAUUCUAGUUACUAUUAUUACCCCAUUAAUAAUUGCCAAAACAUGUUUUUUUCCAAAACUUUCGCUAAUCUCUUUUUCCCUCUUUAAAUCUGCCUUUUACUAUUCAAAUAAAAAGUUUAUGAUACAAAUGAAAUUAAUUUGCACCUAUAUUGUAUGUUAAGGGUGGUGACCGAUUGUAAUUAGAGUGACAUUUUUUGUAAAGAUGUAACUGACCACGUGCCAACAAAAAAAUAACAUGUUUACUAUUUAACUCUGUAAGUAACAAAAAAGUACCUUCUUUGUUAUUUACAUGACUACCUUUAAAUACCGUUCAUAGCUAGACCGCCUCAUCCCCAAUUGGGCGAACAACGCCAAAUGUAAAAAAAAAGAACUUUUUGAAAUGUUACGCUCCAGUCAGAAGCCACCCUAAUAAAAUUACAGUUGUGAUGUGGACUGAUAUUACUAAUUAUAUUAAAUUAUAAAUAAUGCCAUCUCAAUAGUGUGUAAUGUAUUGUUCGCGAUGUAAAUAAAUUGUUAGCGAGUAUGAAAUAAUUCGGCCCCAACAGUACGAAAGUAAUUAUCAUGUAAUUUAAUUGUAAAAUAAAAUUUAAUGAAAUCAA